AUGACGGUAAAUGCCGCAGACGUUGAAACAGGAUCUCAUCCCCAGACUUCCCAUGGAAGUGAAAUAACCUCAGAAAUAGCAGCGCAAGAGUCUUUGCAGACAACUCCUGAAAAAUCCAAUAUUGUUGACUGGGAUGGACCAGAUGACCCCCAAAAUCCCAUAAACUGGUCUUCCGUUCGAAGAUGGAUGACGAUUACAAUAGUUUCUGUCGUUACCUUUCUCAACGCUUUUGGAUCAACGGUCUUCGCACCCAGCGUCCCCGAGGUGAUGCAUGAAUUCAACAUAGACAGCGGUGCUCUCUCCAGCUUCACUGUCUCUGUUUUUGCCAUUGGUUGGGCUGUUGGUCCGCUGGUCUUGCCCCCAUUAAGCGAGUUGUAUGGGAGGAAUCCACUAUACCACGCUUCCAACUUAUUUCUUACCCUCUCCUCAAUGGCUUGCGCUCUCAGUAGCAAUUUGACCAUGCUAAUUGUAUUUCGGUUUUUUAUGGGACUAGCUGGAUGUCCAUCGCUUUCUCUGAGCGGUGGAACAAUAGCUGAUCUGAUCCCGUUGGAAAGGCGGGGAGUCGCUUUGAGUGUGUGGGGUAUGGGGCCCUUGAUGCCCCCGACGCUGAAACCGUGUGCUGUCAUUGAUGAUGACAAGAGUGGAACACUCACCAUUAUAUCACUAUUGCUACUGCGCGAAACCUAUGCUCCGGUCAUCUUGGGCCGCAAAGCCUCCCAGCUAAGACAAGAAACUGGAAAUAUGGAGCUGACCACGAAAUAUGAUAAAGGCGAAACCCCUGGGUAUCUCUUUAAGAUGGCAAUGCUCCGCCCUACCAAGCUACUUCUCUUCUCGCCGAUUGUCUUUCUCAUGGCACUCAAAAUUACCAUCUCAUAUGGUUAUAGCUACUUUCUUUUCACGACUUUUACCUUCGUCUUUGGAAAGCAAUACGGCUUUAAGCCGUCUUCGAUCGGUCUGGUAUAUAUAGGCAUCGGCAUAGGAUACGUGGUAACACAAAUCAUUGCAGCAUUAUUUUCUGACCGAUACAUCGCUCGAAUGAAAAGGGCCAAUGCCAAUGGUCCUCCAAAGCCAGAAUGGCGUCUUCCGCCGCUCGCGUUGGGUGCCAUAGUCUUGCCACUGGGCUACUUAUUUUAUGGCUGGACCGCGAUGUACCGUUUGCAUUGGCUCGUUCCAAUCUUUGGCACGGCGCUCAUCGGGGCCGGAACGUUAUGCUACUUUUUUUCGAUUAUGGCAUACCUGAUCGAUACAUACACAAUCUACUCCGCAAGUGCCAUCUCCGCCAACAUCGUUCUUCGAUCCAUCGUCGCCGCGACGCUACCCCUAGCGGGGACCAGGUUGUAUGAAACCUUGGGCAUAGGGUGGGGAACGAGUUUGCUAGCGUUCAUUGCGUUAGCCCUGGCCCCGAUCCCUUUUUUUCUGCUUAAAUAUGGGGAGAGAAUCAGAACCCAUCCUCGAUUCCAGGUGAAGCUUUGA